UCCACCCUCUCUCCCCCCAUCCCUGACCCCUACCCCUAGAAUGUCUAUUUGCUCCCGAGCUACUGUGGUAAGCACAAUGGACAACACAUCAUCCGGCGGCCUGCGCUCUGUCAUGAAGUGGAAGACUGUACUGGCAAUAUUUGUGGUAGUUGUAGUGUAUCUUGUCAGUGGUGGCCUUGUCUUCCGGGCUCUUGAACAACCAUUUGAAAGCAACCAGAAAAACACUAUUGCGCAAGAGAAGGCAGACUUCCUGCGGGACCAUCCUUGUGUUACUCAGCGAGAUCUGGAUGACUUGCUUCAGAAAGCAAUUGAUGCUGACAAUGCUGGUGUGAAUCCAAUUGGUAAUUACUCCAAUAACAGCAGCCACUGGGACCUUGGAAGUGCCUUUUUCUUCGCUGGGACGGUAAUUACAACUAUUGGUUAUGGAAACAUUGCACCCAGCACAGAAGGUGGGAAGAUAUUCUGUAUACUGUAUGCCAUAUUUGGAAUACCACUUUUUGGAUUUCUCUUGGCUGGAAUUGGAGAUCAACUAGGGACAAUUUUUGGGAAAAGUAUUGCAAGAGUUGAAAAGGUAUUCCGGAAGAAGCAGGUCAGUCAGACGAAGAUUCGUGUGAUCUCCACCAUCCUUUUCAUUGUUGCUGGGUGCCUAGUCUUUGUGACUAUUCCUGCUGUCAUCUUCAAACAGAUAGAAGGGUGGACGGAACUGGAAUCUAUUUACUUUGUGGUUGUAACUCUUACAACUGUUGGCUUUGGAGACUUUGUAGCUGGAGGAAAUACAGAUAUUAAUUACCGGGAGUGGUACAAGCCUAUGGUUUGGUUUUGGAUCCUGGUUGGCCUUGCUUAUUUUGCUGCUGUCUUGAGUAUGAUUGGAGACUGGUUACGAGUUAUAUCCAAGAAGACGAAAGAAGAGGUUGGGGAAAUAAAGGCCCAUGCAGCUGAAUGGAAAGCCAAUGUAACAGCAGAGUUCAGAGAGACUAGAAGAAGGCUCAGUGUAGAGAUACACGACAAGCUACAGAGAGCAGCCACCAUCAGAAGCAUGGAACGCAGGAGACUCGGCCUAGACCAGAGAGCACACUCUCUUGACAUGCUUUCUCCUGAAAAACGUUCUGUAUUUGCAGAGUUGGAGACAGGACGAUUCAAGGCCUCAUCCCAGGAAAGUAUAAACAACAGGCCAAACAAUCUCAGACUCAAGGGAGCAGAGCAGUUUAACUUACAUGGACAAGGGGUAUCAGAAGACAAUAUCAUCAAUAAAUUUGGAUCUAACUCUUUAAAAAUGACAAAAAGGAAAAAUAAAGACAUAAAAAGGAACCUUCCAGAGGAUGUACGGAAAAUUUAUGAGAAUUUCAGGAAGUACUCAGUGGACGAAAACAAGAAAGAGGAUGAGGCUGACAAAGUUUCUAUCUCCGAUACAUCAAUGCUAUCAGAAUUUGUUCAGCACCCCAUUUUAGAAAAUGGCUCAAUACCCUGUGAAACCAAAGAAGAAGAACAUGAAAACAAAACAUUACUUGAAGAGAGGAACUGA